AUCAUAGUUCACUGAUACAAAAGAAUGGAGUUUUAUGCUUCAGGAAAGAAAGGAUUUUACCAACCAAAUUCAAGUUACCAGCCAAAUAUUGAUGCAGGAUUACUUGCUCAUGUCAGAGAGGAAGUUCUCAAACGGGAAGAAGAACAGAGAAGGCAACGAAAAAUUGAUGAGGACAGAAAGGCAGAAGACGAGAAACGAUCGAAAAUGGGCAGACAAAUUGUAUCUAUUGUAACAAAUUUACCAAUCACAUUCCAAGAGAAGAUAACUGCAGAAGUCAUAAACUCAUUAACUCUUUCACUCAUGGAUGGAACUGUGUUUGAAAUUGUCAAAGGUUUGGAGGACAUUCAGCAGCUGACGGAGAGGAGAUUGCUUAAUAAAAGAAUGAAAUUAAUUAAUGGUCAGAAAGCUGAAAGAAUGGAUCAAAACAAGACCCACAAAGCAGCAGUUGAUGCCUGUGCUAACAAACCUCAUCAUCUGCCAAUUAUAAAGAAGAAACAAACACAAGAAAAAGAGAAUUUAGAAAGUCGACUUGAGCAAGAGCUUGUGCAGUUGGAUCAGAAAUUAGUGCUGGAAUUAGAUCGAGUUGUUGCAGAUCAACAAACCACAAUGCAGAGAGCUGGAGUUCCUCUGUUUCAUCUGACAAAUGAUUCAAGUGAAAUUCAACUUCAGAUGUACAUCUUAGACAUCAUUACUCAACUAAGUGCUGGUGGACAUGAUUAAGAGGACUUCUAAUGUUG